AUGUCGGACCCGCCAACGGAGCCCGCGCCUCUACAGACUAUGACAACAGAUGUCCCUACCAUCGUCGAACCAGAUGUAGACGCAGAAGAACGCGGCCGACUCAAGCGACGUAGGCAGUCGUCACAACACUCUCCACGCCGUGCAUCCUCACCAUCUCGCGGCCACGAUCGUCGCAGCGGCUCCCGAUACAGAGAGCAUCACCGCAAACACCACCGACCUUCGUCUCCGACGUCUUCUAUCUCUCCGCCGACAUCCGCUCAGAAGAAGACUAGAAGGCGCAGUGAUGCCGAGCCGGAUCAUACAUUCCGGGGGCGGGCUCGCAACAGAAGCGGUAGCAGAGGAAGGACUAGGAGUCCGUUGCUAGAAGCCGAUGAUGCUUGCAUCGAAAGCGACGAAGAUGAAAGGAGAUUCCGAAAGAGAAGUGCACCGCCCAGUCGGCACAGGGGUGAAGAGACGGAUGAGGGUGGUGCGGUUCGGCGACAGAGAAGUUAUCCGAACCUCUAUAGGGAAGACAGGAGGGACUCUAAGGGCGAAGGCGAAGGCGAAGGAAAGACGCACGCAGCGGACGUUGUGAACUCGACAGAAGAAAGCGCGGCGCCUCACCCCCUCUAUCGCCUGGUCACUGACCCCGUUAUGCCUCCGCCAGGCAACGAGUAUGCCGCCGAGCAGCUUAAGAACUCCGGCAACAAGUGCUUCAAGAAUGGCGACUAUGAAGAAGCUGAGGCGCUGUACUCGCAGGCCAUCCAGAAGAACUCAGCGAACCCUCUGUUGUUCACGAACCGCGCGAAUGCGAGGCUGAAGCUGGAGAAGUGGGAAGGCGUGAUUGAUGACUGCAUACGGAGCAUCGAGUUGUUGAAGGACAACAUGAAGGCCUUCUUCUAUCUCGCACAAGCCCAACUGGCCAUAAACCACCCCAAUGAAGCUCUUUCCUCAAGUCUCAUGGCAUACGAACUAUGUACCACUUCGGCGCAACAAACCUCAAACGCAGCCACCAUAUCUGCCCUCGUUCUGAAAUGCAAGAAAGCUAAAUGGGAUAUCCGCGAACGAGAACGGAUACGGCGGCGCGGCGAUCUCCUCUCCGACCUUGAAUCGAUGCUAGAGACACAAUUCAAAAAGGACAUGGAUGAUAUCGAAGCACGCAUGGAGGCUGGGGAAACUAGUCGAUCAGACGGGCAGGAAGAGAAAGCAGAGCGCAAGACGGAAUUCGAGAAGAAGCGCGAUGAUCUACGGACCGCCUUUGCUAUAUCAGAUCCGGAACAUCAGCAGAAACGCGAAGUACCAGAUUACCUCGUUGACGGCAUAACAUUUGAGAUUAUGCAUGAUCCCGUCGUUACCAAGAACGGCAGAUCGUAUGAGCGCGCUACGCUGAUUGAGCAUCUCAAACGGAGUCCUACAGACCCGCUGACGAGAGAGACACUUACGAUUGGUGAUCUGAGACCAAACAUAGCACUCAAGGAGGCUUGUGAGGAGUUCAUGACGGCCAAUUCGGGAUGGGUUUAUGAUUGUGAGGAUGGUGAGGUAGAUCCCGAUGCGCGAUGGGCGCACCUAUCUUCAACUUGA